AUGGCGAAACGAUUGAAGUCUAACGCGCGAAAAAGUGCAGUCAACAAACUUGUUAAGAAAACAGACAACCGAAUGUAAGUCAGGCUAGGGUUUCAGCGAAAAAACAUCACGUUUUGCAGAAAAGAGGAAAAUCGUGUGAUCCGCACGCCUAAAGAAGACGAGCAAGCGCUCAAAUUGGUUCAUGCGCCGAAAAUCUCAUCGGCAAUGUUUAUGCGUUACAACACCCAGUUGGGCCCACCAUUUCACGUGUUGAUCGAUACGAAUUUCGUGAAUUUUGCGGUGAAGAAUCGAAUCGAUAUGUUCCAGGGAUUUAUGGAUUGUCUUUUUGCCAAAAGUGAGAGGUUUUUUCCAGAAUAGAAACGUAUAAAAAUGACACUGAAAUUAUGCCACGCUAAACUUCAUUUUUAAUGUCACGGGGAAAUUGUUUUUACGUGAUUUUUUUUUCAUUUCUAGAAUAAGUUCAAUUUUUCAGCGAUUCCGUAUGCUACCGACUGCGUGAUGGCCGAGUUGGAAAAAGUGCGAAAAUUCAAAAUUGCACUGAAAGUUUUGAAAGAUCCACGUGUCAAACGAUUGGCUUGUGAACACAAGGGAACGUAUGCUGAUGACUGUUUGGUGCAAAGAGUUACACAGGUAAGAAAUCUGAAAAUAUGGAAAAAAAAAUAGUUCAAGACGAUAAUUUUGAUCCUUUUUGGAUUCCUCAAUGAUCGAUCUGGAUAUCGUGAAUUAUUACCAAAAAUUUAUUAAAAAUAUCUUUAUUCAAAUCUAAAUUAAUUACAAACUAUAACAAUUUUGGCAUAUUAUUGCUUGGCAAGUUUUUUGUUCCGUGUGAUCUGAAAAAUUUCAAUUUUUAUAAAUUUUCGGCCACAAAAAACAUAAAAAUAUUCACAAUCUGGAAUUCUAAAUUUUUCAGCACAAAUGCUACAUUGUAGCCACUUGCGAUCGUGAUCUCAAAAGAAGAAUUCGAAAAAUUCCUGGCGUUCCAAUUAUGUACAUUGUGAAUCAUCGAUUUUCCAUCGAACGUAUGCCUGAUGCUUACGGUGCACCGAUGACGUAA